AUGUAUGUCGUAAACAUAUUUUUUCUUCACUCAUGUUUGCCUACAAUUACGAGCGGAAACCUCACCUCUCUCUCUCUCUCUCUCUCUCUCUCUCUCUCUCUCUCUCUCUCUCUCUCUCUCACUCACUCACUCACUCACUCACUCACUCUCCAUUUCCUUUCUUUCUUUUUCGCUAAUUUUCAUUGUCUUCCGACCUAUUUUCUUCUUUCCUUUUAUUCUGUAACUCUAAUAUAUUCCGUUCUCAACUCCUCCUCCUUUUUUUCAUCUCUUUCUUUUCAUUCAUUGUUUUUCUUUUUCAUCUCCAUUAUUUCCAUAUAUUCUCUCCGUUAUGAUCUUCUUUCGUUGUGUGCCUUUUUAUUUGGUCUCUUCUCUUUCUAUACAGAUCACGGCAUCUUCCAUUUUCUUGUCUUUCAUAGCGUCUCCGUUUACGUCUCUAGCAGUUCAUUAUCGUUAGUAUGUUUUUUCUUUCUUCUUCCAAUUAUUUCUUACUUAUUUCCUACUUUACAAAUACUUAUUUCUGUUACAUCAUUUCAAUGGGCCAUACUGGUUGAAGUUGCUCUUCCCUCUCUUUAUGUUUAUCUGUGUUUCUAUAUCCAUUCCCAUUUCUUUCCUUCUCUCUAUUUCUCUCUCUUCCUUUUUUUCUCUACAGUCUUUCUCUUUAUCUCUCUCUUUCUUUUUUCUCUACAGUCUUUCUCUUUAUCUCUCUCUUUCUUUUUUCUCUACAGUCUUUCUCUUUAUCUCUCUCUUUCUUUUUUCUCUACAGUCUUUCUCUUUAUCUCUCUCUUUCUUUUUUCUCUACAGUCUUUCUCUUUAUCUCUCUCUUUCUUUUUUCUCUACAGUCUUUCUCUUUAUCUCUCUCUUCCUUUUUUCUCUACAGUCUUUCUCUAUUUCUCUCACUUCCUUUUUUUCUCUACAGUCUUUCUCUUUAUCUCUCUCUUUAUUCUUUGCAUGCUUUUCUCUCGAUCUCUUACUCAUUCUUCUCUUUUUGCUAUCUCUAUUCUCAUCAUUACAUUGUUCAUCCAUCUCACAAUCUUCUAUUUAUUUUAUUACCUUUUCCUUCCUAAUCUCUCUUUGUUUGUCUCUCUCUCUCUCUCUCUCUCUCUCUCUCUCUCUCUCUCUCUUUCAUUCCUCCUUUCCAAUUUCCAUAAAUCCUUCUCUCUAUCCACGCUUCUACUUCUCUUUCUCCCGAUCUCUCUCAUUGUCUUUCUUUCUCAAAUUAAUACAUUUCUAACUCUAUCUUUCUCCAACUUUCUUUCACAUUUUAUCACUAUCUUCUAUUUUCUGUUUUUCUCUUUUAUUUUUGUCUCUCCUACUUUCUUCUUCAUUUGA